UCCAGCAUAUAAAAUUCUUUUCAUUCCUGUUAUUUUGCUCAUUCGCCUGUAGUUCGAUGGUUCAGCCGCGUGACAAAAGAAUUUCCAUGAUGCCCAGAAACUGUUCAAAGAGGGCAAGUUCGAAGAAGAGAGAAGAGUUUGCUAGUGGCUUGUUUUGGCGGUAAGCGAGCCAACGCAGUUCAGUUUAGCCGUAGCUACUUGUACGGAACCAACGAACAGCAAUGCGAUAGCACCACCAAGAAUGAAGAGGAGAAUAAACACCCGCCAGCCAGUCUUGGCAUCAGGAAAGCUUUGCAAUGCCAACGAAUUAUGAUUUGUUUAAAUCCUUCAAAACGAAGAUUGUUUUGCGAAAAUUGUGGAAGAAGAAGACAAACCCACUCGUGCUGAGAACCUUAAAUCAAAGCCGAAGUCCAGAUUCUAGUGAUUUUGCAUGACCAAAUCAGAAAGCCCACCCAACUCCAGGGGUCAAACCUCAGCAGAACGAGGAAGAAGAGAGAGAGAGAGAGGGGGGGGGGGGAGUUGACCGGGCGUCUUGAGGGUGAGCUACCGGCCAAUGUCUCACACGCUCAGCAGCGUUGAAUUCUUUAAUGAAAUCAUGCGCAUUUGAUGUCAUCCCUUUCAUUCCUAUGCUAUAAAACCAUGUUCUAUUUAUUUACACUCCGUGCUAUACCAGUAAAAUACAUCCCAGAUUAAUAAACUCCAACGAGCAAGACUACCCCUUUUGUUUUUUCACGUUUUCGGAUUUGUUAUUUAAGGUUAGGUUGAAGAAAAUUGUUGCAACAACUAGCCUAUCCUUCCAAUCCAUCUCCCCAUCUCUCUCACUUGCACUACAGCAACUGCCCCGGAAGCUUUUUCUCCGGUCUGCUACGACUGGUAACUAACAGAGUGGAGCUUUCUGAGAUGGGACGAAUUCCAUGCUGCGAGAAAGACAACGUCAAAAGGGGUCAGUGGACCCCGGAGGAAGACCACAAGCUCUCUUCCUACAUUGCUCAACAUGGCACCCGCAACUGGCGUCUUAUACCCAAACAUGCUGGUUUACAGAGAUGUGGAAAGAGCUGCAGAUUACGGUGGACCAACUACCUCCGUCCUGACCUUAAGCACGGCCAAUUCUCGGAUGCAGAAGAGCAGACCAUCGUCACUCUGCAUUCAGUUCUGGGGAAUAGAUGGUCUGUGAUUGCAGCUCAGCUGCCUGGUCGCACCGAUAACGAUGUCAAAAACCAUUGGAAUACCAAGCUCAAAAAGAAGCUAUCAGGCAUGGGUAUCGAUCCCGUCACUCACAAGCCUUUCUCUCACCUCAUUACUGAGAUUGCCACCACUCUGGCUCCACCGCAAGUUCCCCACUUGGCAGAAGCAGCCUUAGGGUGUUUCAAGGAUGAGAUGCUCCACCUCCUCACCAAGAAACGUAUUGGCAGCUACCAAAUGCAGCAAAUAGGUUUAACACCAGUUAACACAGCAGCUACACAAGUUAAGCAUGAGGAUAGGGACGAAACCAUUGAGAAGAUUAAGUACGGAAUAUCAAGAGCCAUAAAGGACCCUGAAACUUCACCUACAAACAAGCCUUGGGACCCUGUUGUAGCAGGACCCGCAAAUUUUGCUGGAAGCUGCAAUGCAUUUGCUGCCCCAGAUUCCGGGUUUCAUUAUGGCCUUUCAUCCCUUGUCAAUGAAGGAAAUGGAUCUGCAUGGAACCAGAGCAUGUGCCCUGGAAGCAGUGCAACAGGAGACCGACAAUGCCAGCUGGAUGAGAAACUCGAAGAUGAAAAUGGUCAAGACUGGAAGGGUGGAAAAGAAAUGAGAGAUGGGGCCACCCUUUUCAAUUCAGACUGCGUUUUGUGGGAUUUACCAUCUGAAGAACUAAUGAGUCCAAUGGUCUAAGGAAGAGCACAGAAUGACCACCAACGGGCAAGAACAUCUUAUUCAUGUAAAAAUAAUAAUGUUCUCGAACUGACAAAGAUAUGUAAAUAAAUUCAUAAUAAAUUUGUCGAGGCAGUAGAGAACACUGCCCUAUGUUCCAAUAA